CACUAGCGACAUCAUCAUUCAUAAUGGCGGCGCCCGGGAGUUGGUUCGUGGUUGAUUCUGGUCAAGUUUGGCGUCAAUUUUAGUGCAGUACAUAACAUAAAGACAACAAGAAAAUAUAAUGGAGGGUUCUACACCCGAAAGUACAGAUUCUAAAGCAAAGCAACCGGGUAAAGACGGCAGUGCAAAGAAGUUUGCAGAAGGAGCCUUCCUCGUUGGUUUGGCUGGUGCAGCUACACUGUUUGGCUUUGGUGCCACCAUAGCGAUGGCGAAGAAACGGGAUCCAAAGUUUUUUACGCAGGGCAUCUUGGGAUCGAGGGCAGUCCCAGAGAGCGGAACGAGCCUCGCCCUCCGAGCCUUGGGAUGGGGAACCCUCUACUCGACCGCAGGAUUUGGCAUCUUUUCCUUUCUGGUUUGGAAGAUGAUUGGGGCCCAUAGUUUUGAAGAUUUCAGGCAUAAGGUUGGCUCGUUUUUACCCAGGAUACCUAAAAAGGAACCUCAAGGAAAGAGCGACUUCACAUCAUUUAGAGAGCUCAUGAACUAUAUCGUUGAUGACAGUGCAAAGAAGGAGUAGAUUAUAUUGUGCAAGUUUGUGGCAACAC